CGACCUGCGAUUGAUCCUCGAUAGCCUUUUGCCCGCCAUGCGCUUCUCGACGCCUUCGAUUCUCCUGGCCGCGAGCUCUUUGCUUGGCGCCGCCCUGGCCCACAAUAUCCAACUCGCGGCACACGGGAGGGAAUGCUUCCACGAGCAGCUACACAAAGAUGAUAAGAUGACCGUGACGUUCCAAGUGGGCGACCGGGAGUUUGGCAGUGCGGGAAACCUAGAUGUUGAUUUCUGGAUCUCAAAUCCCGCAGGAGGUUACGAGGCACGCGAGAAUGCGGUCUCGAACGGGGACCAUUCUUUCACAGCUCAACAUGAUGGGAAAUACACGUACUGCUUCAGCAACGAGCACUGGUCGGCAAACACCAAGAGCAUCUCCUUCAACGUACAUGGCAUAGUCUAUGUUCCAGAGGCCGAGGCGCCCUCAGACCCAUUAGAAGCCGAAGUCCGACAACUAUCUGAACUGCUGGCCCAAGUCAAAGACGAACAAUCCUACAUUGUGGUCCGCGAAAGAACCCACCGAAACACCGCAGAAAGUACCAACGGCAGAGUGAAAUGGUGGAGCAUAUUCCAAAUGGUUGUGUUGGUGGCCGAGGGCAUCUUCCAAGUAUGGUGGUUGAAACGAUUCUUCGAGGUAGGCAAGAACAGUGCCGAGCGCUUUGGAGUCCUGAGCCGGUAGCUGAUUGACUUGUAUAGGUCAAGCGGGUUGUAUAAGGACGGUACGGACGUUUAGGGUUUCACGUAAUAAUUGGAAUCGGCGCAGGCAGCAUUAUGGAGCGAGAACUUGGGAAAACG